UGAAAUAUCUCCCGUCCAUUAGUAAAACAUUAACAAGACAACCACGUAUAAUAUUUCAGCAAAGAAGAGCAAGUUCAAUUGUCAAAGCAAGAUGUUUUUCGUCUUGUCACGAGCGUGGGACAAAUAAAAAUUCUGAGUUCCAACGAGGAAUCGAACCUCAGACUUUUGGAUUCCGCGCUCCGAUGCUCUACCACUGAGCCACAGAGACUUCACGGUAAGCGAGGUCUAUGACGAAGUUCAUAUGACACGCGUCUUGGAUACUGCUAGGAUCAGCUAUGUCGGUAGCGUAAUUUUUGUAGAUAGAAGAGAAAGAUGGUAAGUUUUGAGCUCGGUAAAGAAUCAAAGAAAGAUGUUUUUCCGUCUGGUCACGAGCGUGGGACAAAGAAAAAAUUCCUCCCCUGAUGUUUAUGAAAACUUCUUGGAAUCAUGCUUCUACGAUGCUUUCAUAAUUUUUGUAUGUAAGAAAUAAUACCCAGUGGAGCUCCGGCGAAAAAGAAAAACCGCCAUAAAAUUAUGCAAAGUCAAAAGGCUAAAUGCAAAUCUCAAUCAUCUUUAAAAUGAAACAUAUGGUAACCAUUAUAGAAUGACGCACGAGGUGUCAGCUGGCAGAGUAACUUACGCACGUUUCUGAUGAAUUAUUCCCGCAAGAUUCAACGAGUACAAUAGGAAAGUAACCUGUGGACCAGACACAACUUAUUAUGGCGGAGGAAGGUGUAAGAAUUUGUUGGGUGGAUCACAUGGUUUUUAAGGAGGGAACGAAAAGGGAAUCAGUUGAAAAGAAAUAUAUACAUAUAUAUAUAUAUCAAAAUGACUGCAAAUUGACUGCAACAGAGGGGGAAUAUUUUUAAGCCCGAUAGAGGAAGAUCAGGUAAUUUUUAAAAUCCUCCAAGAUCCCCCCUAGCCCCCUCUCUUACGCCCUCCCACCCCAGGGAGAUGAAUAAUGAUGACCGAUACCUUAUCACUAGCGUCAGCGCAUUCUGUGUCUUUACUCUAAUCAUAUUUAAACCUGCAACAUUAUGUUUGAAUCGUCGUUCUUGCACCCGGAAAGAUCUGUACAAGACCAAAUCUUCUCACUAGAAUGUUCUCAGAUCAAUAAGAUCCAGUAUUGUAUUUGAGAAAUGGGAGAAAAAUCCCAUAAAAGAGAGAUUAAAGUGAGUCAUUCUAUGUUUUAUGGUGACAGGUAGUUCCUCAAAUUCAAGAAUUUAUCGUAAAAGGAUCAAACAGAGGGCAAAACAUGGAAGGAGCGUUUGUAUCUUGCACGAUGAUUGUGGGUUUUGCGACAUUACCUCUUCACAUAGGAAUGAUCAUUAUUGGUGCUAAAUACAAAGACCAGUGCCCCGUUGAAAUAAUGAUCCCGAUCUAUCUGAUCGCGGCUGGAGCUGCUGGUAUUUUGGGCAGCUUGUAUUCCUUUGGAAUGUCGUUCCGAAAACAACGUGAUGAAGAAAGUGAAGAAGUAGGCCCAUUGUGUUCUCUGAAACGGUUACAUACCGUUAUACAAUUACUUCUCCUUGCCUGGUUCGCCUGUGGAAGCUUCUGGAUUUAUAAGAAUUAUCAGCCGAAUUAUACUGACCCUAAUAGUCCCAAGUAUUGUCAUAAGACACUUUACCUGUUUGCAUUUUGGUCCACUUUUUCCCAUUAUUUCAUUUCUUUUAUCGUCAUGAUCUGUGGUUGUUGCAUGCUUUGUGUUUUUUACAUAUGCUAUAUUUACAAAUAUUCUCGAAAAGACUAUGAUAUGCCUCGAAUAUUUUUGCCAAAGAGCUAAUUCAUGAGCGCUUAAGGCCAACCGCAAAUGGGGAUCUGAAUGGAAUCAUUCUUGACCUAUGUAUUUGCAGUACGUUUAGGAUAAAAUAUGACGUGAUUUAACGCUAGUUGAAUGAGGCUGAAGGAGUUAUCACCAGUAGUGCAUGGAUUUGCACCAGGGUAAUCCCAAAAGAGAAGCCAUAGGCUAUUUUGAGUUGGUCAGUGGAGACCAGUAGAGGAAACUCACCAAAUUUCAGUUCAGUUUCUUUUGUUUGCGCCCGCCCUGUGUGACAGAUUUGAUUCUCAAGUAAUGAAAGCUUUAAUUAAAUAGUUACUUUACUAAAAAAUACGUAUCCAUAAUCCGCACAAAAUUGAAUGAUUUUCGAGAAUUGCUAUCAUGUGGAAAGAAAAAAAAGGAAUAAAACACUCUAAUUACAUAAAUCUUUAGUUCUUUUGAUACAAUGUAUUAACUUGAAUCAUGACUCUGGCAGCAGCAUUCAAACUCAGAAGCCUCCGGAAUUUUUCCUGCCUUCUGUCGUUUCCAUCCUUUUCCUGAAAAUAUUUCUCAUCAAAAUAUUUUAUCCAGUUCCCAUCGGAAGUUGUUCAAUUCUUGAACGCCGGUUUAAACCUAUCGGUAUAUGGGAAGCAUACCGCAACCUUGACCGUCAUUAAUUCAAGUCCUUCUUUACUUGUAAUUUCGCCAUGUUUAUCACUUCUUGCAACGUCAUCGCUGGAAGUGUGCAGUAUGAAACGUAUAGUUACCUGCUUUAUCUCUUCAGGUUGCAAGAUUUUAGGUAAGAAGAAUCAUAGGCAGCCCAAGCUCCAGCUGUGAGAUGAUCAUCUCGCACAAUAACAAUCAUGGCGGAAUUAUUAGAGUUUGUAUGAGAAUAUUUACGACCGCUCUAAGGAAUAAAACAAUACGUCAAAUUAACAAAUAGAUUCCAAGUUGCCGUGCGUCUGUUCAGUAAUAGAUCACAGAUGACGUCAAAAUGUGUUAAGAACA